UCCUUGUCCGGGCUCUGUAUGCCACUCAUACAUCCGUAAUUCUUCAUGAGAGGUAGAGUUCAAAGAUAGUCUGCAAAAGACAAAGAAAGAGGCAAACAGAAAAAGGAUAAACGCGCGAAAUACAAGAACCUUCUCUUCUUUACCUUCACAAGCAAUCAUGAUUCCAAGACCUCAUUCGCCUUUUAAGCGAUCAUCUAGAUCACCUUCUCGAUCUGGAUCACCAAUUCGUGGUAUGAGCAGUACGAAAUGGUUCAAUACAGGAUCCAACGAAGAUCCUCGCGCAAGCUAUGAACAAAGUCAUAUGCCAACUGCUCCCAGUGCAGUCUUUGCCGGCCCAAGUACCAGUCCAGGUGGAUCACCAACCGCAGCUGCGACUAAUCCAAAUCUUAGUCAGCUGAGUAGAGCAGAGCAUUAUGAUGUUGUCAUCGAAGGAGAACAUGGGGAAGCAAUCUUGACGCAUCUUGGAGGUAUUGUACUGGACCAGUCAGGUGGCAUUGAAGGGGAUACUGCAUCAAAGUUAACGAGAUCAUCAAGUGGCUCAAGCAUAACAGCUGUUCCAUCAUCUCGAAGACCUGAAGGGGAGAGAAGUGCAGCAUGCAGCACGAAAUUCGAAUCUAUGCUGCAUGAAUUGGUACAAACAGAAAAGAGUUAUGUGAGAAGGAUUGAAGUGUUGUAUCAACGAUAUGCGGUCCCUCUCAGACAAAUGGCAAGGGACAGGGAUACAGCAAUUAUUCCCUUGUAUGAAUCGCAACGUCUUUUUGGCAAUAUUGGAGAAAUUGUAGGUGCAAACAUGGCAUUCCUGCGAGAAUUGGAGACAUACCUAUCUGAUCGCGUGAAAGGCAAGACGAAGGAAGGCGGCAGUGAACUUGGAGAUAUCAUUUAUCGAAAUAUCGCAUGCUUCUCUUGUUACAACGAGUACUUUAACAACUUCGAAAAGGCCAAACAUAUCGAACAGAGCAUGAUGCGAAACAACAGAGGCUUUCGCGACUUUAUCGAUCGAACAAAGUACAGCAUCACCGGAAUGGGCAAUAUUGGUUUACGUGAGCUUAUUAUGGAACCGGUUCAGCGAAUUCCUCGCUAUACACUCUUAUUUGAUGGUCUGAUACGCAACCUUCCCACUGCCGACCCAAAUCGUGCUAGAUUGGAACAAGCUGUGGUCUUGGCAGGCAGGAUUGCCAGCUGUGAAGUUGAUGACAAAACGAAGCGUGCUGCUGUACUGUGGAGCUUUAGUCGAAAUGUGGAUGGAUUCCCUGCUGGACUUAUCAGUGUGCAUCGACAAUACAUUGACUGUAUCGAUGUUGAUGAUUUUCCCAUUGACGUAUUAGGUCCAUCAGCGAUGAACACACUCUUGUCUCCAGGCUCAGCCACAACAUCUGGUUAUCGUACGAUUCAUUGCACAUUAUUCCUGUUUGACGAUGUGAUUGCAAUUGCAAAACGGGCAAGUUCGGCAAGUUGCGGAAGAUCGUUGGUCGGUUUGGACGAUUUGAGCAAAUUGGCAGAUCAGAUGAAAUCAUAUACUGAACGUAGUGCGGUCGUUAAAAGUCCUUCAAAGGUCGAAUUGGGCUUCCGUGGUUUAAUUGACGUUUCUGAAGUACGAGCAAUCGAUAUGGGAGGACCUGAUUUCCAGAUGUUGUUUAUGCGUCCACCUACACAUAUCUCUGGUGAUAAGUGGGCUGGCAGGGCUGUUCGUCAAUAUGCAACAGUCGAUGCGCAAAGUAAUCAAGGCCCUGAUCCUGCUUUUGCUCGCCAAGAGAAAGCGAGAUUUUUGGAUAAUUUAUGGAGGUCACAAGCUCUAUACAAAGCUCGAGAGCACAAAAGUCAUGUUCGAUCAUUGAUCUUGCCUAGCACAUCAAACGAAGACAAGAUUCGAAGAGUGAUUUAUUGGAACGUUUAUGCAAGAAGAAGUUAUCUUGCCGAAACACACAAAUCUGAGAUUGUGUUGCACGUCAAUCCUGAUGGAGAGGCAGAUGCGUUGCCUUUUGGGUAUGAAGAUGCACCACCGUCUGCUUCUGUUCGCAUUCACUCUAUGGACGAAGACACAGCCUUUUGUACCUAUACUGCUUCUUAUAAGAGCAAUUGCAGUGUGGCCGAUGCUGGUGAACUUCAUCAAGUGUCACUCAGCAGUCUCUCGGACGAGAUGCUCCGAACGUCAAAACAACUCAAUCGGAAUGCACUUGAUGGCUUUGAUCCAAGGCAUGGCAGUCCAACAACUCCAGGUUCGACUAAUCGUAGCGGUAGAGCACUUGCAUCUGGUUUGGAACAAUUUGGACGUAGCUUGUUCGGUACUCCAAGUAGUAUCCGCAGUGCUGCUACAGGAUCAGACUUUUUCGGAGUGAAAAGGACGAGAAGUAAGGGAAGCAGUCAGUAUACCCGAAAUGCAUCUGUCAGCACUCGAAAGACCUAUUCUACAGCCAAUACGAGUAGCGUUGGUAGUAGAGAUAUGCUGCAAUAUUCCGUCAAUGGAAGGCAAGAUCAACGAAAUGGAAGUCCAGGAACACCAGUGAACGAUCUGCAAGCCAACAUCGAACGAUACAGAAAUAUGUCGCCCGGAUCCAAUGCAGAAAUGGCGACACCGACAAGAAAUGAGACUUCGGUAUUGAGUUCAGAUGCAUCUAUGCGAUCGCCUUCACAUUCACCAAGCGGAAGAGAAGGCGCAAAUUCUCCCGUCCGUCGCAAACCAGUACCACAAGCUGAUAGAACUCCCGUUCGAGUACCUUCUGGAUCCAAACGUGAAGUUCCGGUCGAUGCAACGCCAACUGCCAAACCGGCGAAGCGGAUCGCACACGGACAUGAUAGCGUGAAUGGUGAUUUGACUAAUGAUGAUGAGGCCAUCUCUGCUCCUCCUUCACCUUCGCCUACAAAUUAUGCAUCUGCUCCACAAACGCCAAUGCGAAAUGAAAGUGUGAAUGCAAAGAGCAGGGUAGGAAGUGUGAAACCUUUGAGUAUUCGCAAAGAUCGUGGUCAACCAAGACAAUCGAAUCGAUCGGAAAUGAUGCACAAGAUUCAACGUGAUUUGGAUAGCUUGCAAAGGGCGUGUGAAAAUACACAAUCGAUUCUUGCGAAUGCACGGAAUGAUUUGAGUAGCGGUAGAGAAGCGAUUGAUCAGAUUGAUGAUUGUUUCACCGAACUUGAAUCAACGGAUGAUGCUAUUCAACGGUUGCGUAAAUCGAUGAAAGAAUGGAACUCUGCGGAGCCUGCUCAAUUACCGAGUGCACCAUCUGCGGAGUUCAAAGCAGAUGAAGUGCAAAAGCUGCAAGCACAAUUAGCGAAUGUGGAACGAAAGUGUGAAUUACUGGUUUCCUUGGAACGUGAUGGACGUUUGGAAAAUACAGAAUUACACAAAGCAUUCAAUGAAGAAUUGGACAGGAUGUACGAUGACAUUCAGCUGGAAUCCGUUGAUGAACAGCUUGUCAAACUUCGAACUGAAAUCAGACAAGCCAAAUCGCAACGAAAUGAAGCCAAUUUGGAGAAAAAAGCGUUGCAACGUGAAUUGGCAUUGGAAAAAGCGCAAAGUGAAGUUUGGAGAGCAACAUUGAUCAAACAUGGAUUGAUCUGAAGAUUACGUAAAAAGAAGACAAGAGACUGGGAUCCUUGUCUAUUUAAGAAGUGAUGUAUAUUAUGCUUUCUAUUGAAGUGCAAUC